AUGAGGUCGCUCGCCACCUCCCUGCUCGUGGCGGCGCUGGCCCUCUCGGCCACCGCCAUCGACCCGCCGCGGCAGCCGCACCAGCCGCUCGGCAACGGCGACAAGAUCCUGACGUACAACGACACGGUGCUGUCGCCCAAGUUCGGCGCCUCGUCCAGGGGCGUGCAGUGGAUCGCGACGGGUGGCGGCUCCGACGGCCAGUACAUCACCGAGACGGGCGCGGGCCUGGUGUUUGAGAACAUCGCCACGGGCAGUAGCGAGACCUUUGUGGCGGCCAACCUGUUCCCGCCCAACAUGUACGAGUACUGGGUGCGCCAGGACCUUAAGAAGGUGCUGUUCGCGGCCGACCGCACAAAGGUCUACCGCCACUCGUACACGGCAAACUACUUUGUGCUCGACGUGGCCUCGAAGCAGCUCUCGCCCGUGGUUCCCGACCAGGCCGGCGACGUGCAGUACGCCGAGCUCGCGCCGGCGGGCGACGCCAUCGCCUUUGUGCGCGGCAACAACCUGUACCUCAACAAGGGGGGCAAAAUCUCGCAGAUCACGUCCGACGGCGGGCCCGACAAGUUCCACGGCGUGCCCGACUGGGUGUACGAGGAGGAGAUCUUUGGCGGCCGCAAGUCGCUGUGGUUCUCGCCCGACGGCCAGUACAUCGCCUUCCUCAGCAUCGACGAGACGGGCGUGCAGAGGUACCGGGUGCAGUACUACAUGGACGGCCAGAAGUACGCCCCCGAGUACCCGCGCGAGCUGGAGCUGCGCUACCCCAAGGUUGGCACCACCAACCCAAAGGUGGCCUUCAGCCUGCUGUCGGUGGCCGACGAGAAGCGCACCCCGAUCGCCGUCGACGCCUUCCCGGCCGAGGACCUCAUCAUCGGCGAGGUGGCGUGGCUGACGGGCAAGCACGCCAGCGUGCUCUACCGCGCCUACAACCGCGUGCAGGACAAGGAGAAGCUCGUCGUCGUCGACGUGCCCGCCUUCACGCAAAAGAUGGUGCGCGAGCGCGACGGCAGCGACGGCUGGCUGGAGCUGCAGCAGGCCAUCACGUACGUCGGCCCGCUCCACGGCUCGUGCAACCAGUCCUACUACGUCGACCUCUCGGACGAGUCGGGCUGGAACCACCUGUACCUGCAUCCGACCAAGGGCGGCGCCGCCGUGGCGCUCACGUCGGGCAAGUGGGAGGUGCGCGCCAUCCUCAAGGUCGACACGGCCCGCCAGCUCAUCUACUACGCGUCGACGGAGCGCCACAGCACCGAGAGCCACCUGUACUCGGUCUCGUACGCGACGGGCGAGAAGAAGGCGCUCGUUGACGACACGGUCCCGGCCUGGUGGACCGCCUCCUUCUCGUCGGGCGGCUCCUACUACAUCCGCACCUACUCAGGCCCGGACGUGCCGUACCAGGAGCUGUACUCGAUCAACUCGACCGAGCCGCUGCGCGUCAUCACCGACAACCGCGCGCUCUGGGACCGGCUGCAGGAGUACAAGCUCCCCAACAUCACCUACUUUGAGCUCGAGAACCCGGCGGGCGGCGGCUACAGCCUCAACGUGAUGCAGCGCCUGCCGGCAAACUUCGACCCGGCCAAGAAGUACCCGGCCAUCUUCAUCCCCUACGGCGGGCCCAACGCGCAGGAGGUGCAGAAGCGCUUCUCGCCCCUCAACUGGAAGGCCUACGUGGCCUCGGACCCGGAGCUCGAGUACAUCACGUACACGGUCGACAACCGCGGCACCGGCUUCAGGGGGCGCGCCUUCCGCUCCGCCGUCGCCGGCCGCCUGGGCACGCUCGAGGCCGAGGACCAGGUGUUUGCGGCGCGCGCCAUCGGCGAGCGUUUUGCGUACGUCGACGCCGAGCACGUCGCCUUCUUCGGCCACUCGUACGGCGGCUUCCUGGGCGCCAAAGUGGUGGAGCUCGACUCGGGCGUCUACACGGCCUCGCUCAUGGGCGCGCCCGUGACCGACUGGCGCUUCUACGACUCCAUGUACACGGAGCGCUACAUGAAGACGCCGCAGACCAACGGCGCCGGCUACAACUCGACGGCGGUGCGCAGGACGGCCGGGUUCAAGAACAUCAAGGGCGGGUCGUGGAUCUUCCACGGCACGGGCGACGACAACGUGCACUACCAGAACACGGCCGCGCUCGUCGACCUGCUCGUGGGCGAGCGCGUGCCCCCCUCCAAGCUGCACUUCCAGGCCCACACCGACAGCGACCACAGCAUCGUCUACAACGGCGCCGGCGUCUUCAUGUACAAGACCAUCAUCGAGGCCCUGUACCAGGAGCGGAACCGCAAGGGCGACCCGCUCAGGCACCAGUGGAGCCGCAAGUCGAGCAAGGAGGACGCCCGGUUCAUAUUCCCUUGAGGAGACGGAUAUCAUAAUGUAGGGGGAAAUGAGAAAACGAGAGGGGAGGAAAUAAACAAAGAAACGAAAAACUCGAUAUGCAUAUACGGGCAUACCUUACGAUUAUUUCCUUUGUCCUACCCUUCGACCCGUGUCUAUAUUAUUUUGGACAUGGACCUGGCCAUAGGCCAGGAAUACAACAAUUUUUAAUUUUUUACCACCUGCGUGACACUGGCUUUCGGUUUCUCUGCUCUGUUGCGUGGCCACAUGUGCAUCACUGGCAGCCGGCAUACUUUGUCUUGUUGAAAGCUUCGGCAUUCUAAGCUCUAAAUCUGGAUAUCAAAAACGCCGCCUCCCGAUGCUCCCCGACUGCCUGAAAUGUUGAAAAAGAAGCGCUCAAUAACGUGGAGAUCAAGGUUGUGUGGGAAAGGAUCAUUAAGGUCUCGACACGCAAACUCUAGUCUAGACGCACCAAGGAUAAAAAAAAAGGAAGAAAAAAGCACUGCA